UGACAAUUACUUAGUUAUACACGUUAAAAAAAUAUUAAUUUAUUAGUUAUUUGAUUUUUAAAACUUUAUAAAAAGUUAUUUAUAAGUAAACGUAUUUCUGCUAAACAAUAUCUAGCUAAAAUGAGAAACAUGACGUCAAGCAUAACUAAUUUUACAAAACAUGAUUCAUAUCCGUAUAUUUUGUAGCUCUAGACUUAUUUUAAAUUUUAAUAGUACUGAUGGAGAUUUUCAAUUAAAAGCGUGUAUUUAAAGUUUAAUUUAACCUUUUAAGCAAGAGCAGAUAAACCAAUGUUUUCAGAGAUGGAGAUAGAAACAUUUAUUUUCUUUGACAUUGAAACCACCGGACUGCCACAGUUUGAAAAGAACAGAACAAAAAUAACGGAAUUAGCAUUUAUUGCUGUUUCCCGAAAAGAUAUAGAAACAUGCAUGAGUAUACCUGUUAUGAAUAAACUGUCCUAUGUUUUUAAUCCAGAAAGAAACAUUCAGUCUGAAGCUGCAUGUAUCACUGGCUUGUCAAAUGCAUGUUUAAAAAAUCAAGCGACAUUCAAAAAUAGAAUUGAAAGUUUGAAUUCGUUUCUAGAACAAUUUUCUAAACCAGUGUGUUUAGUAGCACAUAAUGGAAACAGAUUUGACUUUAAAAUACUAAGAUCAGAAUAUAUAGACGCAAACAAGGAGCUGCCAAAAGAUUUGCUCUGCCUCGAUUCAAUGAGUGGUUUUAGAAAAAUUAUUGACAGUACUAUUGAAAUUACUAAAAAAGGUGUUCAAAAAACUCCAAACAUAUCAGUGUUAGAUGAGAGUCUGUUAACAGAUGAUGAAGAUUGGCCUGAAUUGAAUACUAGUAAUGAAGACUGGGAGGAAAUAGACAAAUUGAUUGAAUCAUUCGAAAAUAUCUCUACCGGAUCAGAUAAAAAAACACACAAAAAAGACAAUAAAAACCAUAAAUUAAAGGAUAAAGACAACAAAGUAUCAUAUAAAUUGACAGAUUUGUAUAGAAGGUUCUGCAAAAAAGAUCCCAUAGAGUCACAUAGAGCAGAAGUUGAUUGUAUUAUGCUUUUGGAAUGUGUUUUAGCGACAAAGGAAUAUUUUUUAUCAUGGGCUGAUAAAAACUGCAAAUUAAUCAGUGAUAUAAAACCACUGGUACGUAAAUAAUAUAAUUUAUCAAGAAUCUAUAUUUUUUAAAGAAUGAGAGUUAAGAAAUAAUCUACUUUUAAGAGAUUUUAGGUUCCCUAAAAAGACUAUAAAUAAAUAGUCCAGUAUGCUAUCUAUAUACUCAUUUGAUCUGAUUUGAUUAUGGGAAUGUGUGACAUAAUUUAUAUAAUUUUAAAAUAUUAUUAGGCUUAAGUGAAGCAAUUAUUAUUCAUAUUAUAGUCAAAUUAUUAAAUUUUUAUUACCUACUAAGAUUUAA